AUGAAAAGGUUACAUGAAUCUAAAGGACACAAAUUCGUGGCGAAGUUUUUUCGUCAACCAACAUUUUGUACCUUCUGCAAAGACUUCCUCUGGGGAUUCGGAAAACAGGGUUACCAGUGCCAGAGUUGCCAAACAGCGGUCCAUAAAAAAUGUCAUGAUAAAUUAUUAGGAAAAUGUCCUGGAUCAGGACGUGAAUCAGAAAAUACAGUGUAUUUACGAGAGAGAUUCAAGAUAGACUUACCCCAUAGAUUUAAGAUUCAUACUUUCAUGUCCCCGACAUUUUGUGAUCACUGUGGAUCAUUACUUUACGGUAUAUUCAAACAAGGACUUAAAUGUGAAGAAACCAUCAAGGAAACUAAAGGCUUUACACUACUCCAAAUAGACUUCUCUGGUUUUUGAGAUCUGGGACUCCGGAAGGCUCCAGUAGACCUCAGACCUAUAUUUUUCAAUAUAGUCA